UCAGUAUUGUGACAUAUGCAGCUGAAAUAUAAUAGAGGGGGGUUUAUGUGUGUGUGUGAGUCUGCACACAGCAUGUUUGGGAGGCUUACCGCGGAUCGUGCUGCAGUUUAUCUUCCCUCCAUCAAUUCCUCAUCAUCUUUAUUUUUUUGUAUUUCGUUUCCUUUUUUUUCUUCAAAUUGUUCUUUUUUACAUCCUGUAGUCAUGGAGAAGAAACUCGAGGAGCUGAAGCAGCAGCUAGAAAAACAAUGCAUGAUAAACCACGAGCUGCAGAGGCAAAACAAAGAUCUGGAGCAUCGGCUGCAGGAGAAAGAAAAACUUUUGCAGGAGUUGCACGGUCAAUAUGAUGGUCUGGAUUGUCCCUCUCAGAGCGGUCAUGAAACUGAACCGGAGGUCAAAAGGAGCCGUGCGGCUGUCAUCGCCUCUGAACCGAUCCCCAAGACCCUGGAGAUCACACGCACCAGGGUCAAGAAAAUGGUCAGCGACACGAAUCUGAUUGUCAAAGCCAUCCAGAAGAAUGACUUCCUGAGCCGCCUCGACGAUGAGCAGACCGCCAUGAUGGUGGACCUCCUAUCGGAGUCCAGCUUCAAACCGGAUCAGGAAGUCAUCAAAGAGGGCUCAGAGGGAGACAGCAUGUACAUAGUGGCAGCCGGUGAGCUCGUUGUCACUCAGGCGGGCCGAAGCCUCCGCAGCCUGACCACCGGGGAUGUGUUCGGGGAGCUGGCCAUCCUGUACAACUGCAAACGGACCGCAACAGUCAAAGCAAAGACAGCGGUGCGUCUGUGGUCCAUGGAGCGACAGACCUACAGGACCAUCAUCACCAACAAGUCCAAGAAGAAGCGAGAGCAGCUCAUGGGCUUCCUGAAGACGUCUCAUACUCUGAAGGACCUGAAUGAUGUCCAGCUGUCCAAAAUACUUGACUCCAUGGAGGAGGUGAAGUACCAGGACAAAGAUGCGAUAGUUCGAGAAGGAGCAGAAGGAAACACAUUCUACAUCAUCCUCAAAGGAGAGGUCCUGGUGACCAAGAACGUGAAUGGGCAUCAGAAGCAGAUUCGUAGGAUGGGGAAAGGGGAGCAUUUCGGGGAACAGGCACUCAUACGGGAAGUCUUGAGGACGGCCACCUGCAGCGCCGACGGCCCGGUCACCUGCUUCUCCAUCGACAAGGAGGUGUUUGAAGAGACAAUUCCCACAGAACACCUGGAGCUGUUUGACGACUCCAAAGUGCUACAGGAGGCACAAGCUCCAGAAAAUCCCAGUCCCGGCUCCAGUCUGAAGUUUAAGGACCUGGUCCCGGUGCUGUACCAGGAGGGUCGCUACCAAGGAGAUCCGGUCACGCUUGGAGUCGGAGGGUUUGGGCGCGUUGAGCUGAUGACCACUGUGACUCAUGGGACAUUUUACGCGAUGAAGCGAGUCAGCAAGAGGCACAUUGUUGCCAAGAGACAGGAGGAGCACAUGUUGUUUGAGAAAAAGAUCCUUAAAGCCGUCCAGUGCGACUUCAUCGUCAGGCUUAAUGCUGCUUUUAAAGACACACGAUACAUCUACAUGGUCAUGGAGUUCUGUGUGGGAGGAGAGAUCUGGACUAAACUCAAAGAAGUGGGGCGUUUUGACGAGCCCAUCGCGGUGUUCUGCACGGCCUGCGUGGUGGAGGCCUACGCCUACCUCCAUAAGAAGAACAUCAUGUAUAGAGACCUGAAGCCCGAGAACCUGAUGCUGGACAUAAAGGGCUACGUCAAACUGGUGGACUUUGGUUUUUCGAAGGAGUUGGUGCGUGGAGAGAAAACCUAUUCAUUUGUGGGUACUCCCGAGUACAUGGCCCCAGAGAUCAUCAAGAACCAGGGGCAUGACUUUGCGGUGGACUUUUGGUCCCUUGGCGUCCUGAUUUAUGAGCUAUUGGUGGGAAGCCCUCCAUUUUCAAGUUCCGAGCCUCAGAAGAUUUAUGCCAAAAUUUUGGACGGGGUGCUCAAGUACCCACCGUACAUGAGUGAGUCAGCCAAGUCUAUUAUCAGCAAGAUGUGCAGACCUCGGCCGGGUCAGAGGUUAGGAAACACCAAGAAUGGAAUCAAAGAUGUCCGGCAUCACAGGUGGUUCGGCAGUAUGAACUGGCACAAGCUGCGGGUGGGUCAGCUCGACGCCCCCACAGUGCGGCUCAUACGCAAGGGCCCCUGCUACAUCAACUUUGAUCGUUUCCCUCUUGAUCAGACGAAGGCGGAGGAGGAGUUCUCUGGCUGGGAUCGUGACUUCUGAGGUUAAAGGAUGAAAGGACACGAGAUGCUAUUUCAGAAUCCCCUCAGUUCAAGCCAAAACAUCACUUUAACUUCAUUCUAAUUUGAUCAUUAAAUUAGAGUGGAACUGCAGGGCUUCACCUUUUUCCAAACGUUCAUUAAAACGUCUCCGUUGUCAUAGCGACACAUCCUCUGAGUGACAACGCGCCAAAAAAUAUAUGAACGUGUCGUGACACAUUGUUUGGACAUUCUGUUUCCAAAUUCAGUGCAGGGAGAUUUGGUGCAUGGUGAAGAAGUGUUAUGAACAUUGUUCACAUCACACCCUUCACUGAUUAGAAUAAAAAACAUCCAUGUGCUUGCUGAGUCAAAUUGUGCAAUCAAUACAGCUCUUACCGAGCAUUUACUGAUGUCUUGUACUCAAAUGAGUAUUGUUCUUUUGGAUCGUAAUUGCUUUUAGCAAAGUUAGCAAAUGCUUUAAUGUUGUUGAAGAAGUUUUUUUUAUUGUAAACUGUCACUUUCUCAAUUAUUUUUUUCCCCUUUGUUUUGGGAUAAUCUGUCCCCUUUAUGAAUGAAGAUUGUUUUCAAGCGCCAUGAUUGUAUCUUGAAAAGACCAUAUAGCAUAUCAACAAUUUCUACUUUAGUAAAUAAA